AUGAAGAUAAAAGAAUUUUCAAUUCCGCUAACAACUGCACAAUGUGAGGACUUAAAAAAAGAAAACGGGAAAUUUUGUUAUAAAGACACUGAAUUAUCUUAUAUUACUCUAUGUGGUGUUAUUACAAAGAUCAUUACACGAAGUUGUUUUUUAACCGAUUUCUACUCAAGUCUUUUUAUCAUUAAAAAAGACACACAGGUAUUUGAAGGUGGAUCAUACAAGUUAAUUGUUAAACCUUUCAUCAAAAAUGAUAAAAUUUUCUUUUAUUGUAUAGAGGCUUCUUCUAUUUCUUUUGAAGGGGAGUUAUUUCAUUACGUAGAAAUUAAAAUGAUGAAUAAAAAAUCAAAUUCUUAA